UUAAAAUUUGCAACUUGCAAUGGAUGCUAUAGACGAGGAGGAUUAUCGCUCGAAAUUGCGAAACCAUUUCAUUGGUCAAAUGAAAACUUCGAAAUUACAACAAUGUGCGACUCAGCACUAUAAGGAACAAGUGCUUCGCUCACAAAAAAUGCCCGAUUACGAAAGCUGCCAUCAGCAGCGUAGACAAGUAUCGCGUUCCAGUGGUGGUGAUGCGGACCGCGCGCUCUACGACGCGCAUUGUGCUGGGCACAGCAGUCAAGCCGAAAGCUAUCGUGGUAGCACCUAUAACGAAAGCAGUAAUUUCAAUCGCCAUUGUCAACCCAAGUCAAAGCCAAUGCCGAUGCUGCCAUUGCCAAAUAGUGUCAAUCAACACAAAUUCCAUACCGAUGACGCCAAUGCUUUUAUGUAUGAAACUGACUCGAAUAUUGGCGGUGGUGGGCCGGGUUCGGAAGAAAGUAACAAAUCCCUCAAGUCAUCGAAAACAGUGGUGAGCAAGAAAAGCUCACAGGACUUGCGGAAAAUGGUUAAGUCACAAUGUAAAUUGCACGAGAUGAUUGACGAGACUUUAAAAACAAUGUGUUCCACGGAACCUGACCCAAUAUCUGAGGUUACCAAUUGCCGCUCGAAAGAUCAGAGCGCUCAAAUGGGUUUACAGAAAAUGCCGACUUCAUGCAAACGUUGCACUGAUAAGAUAUUUACGCGUUCAAGCCAAAGAGACGUGAUGACUGAAAUUCCCAAGGGUGACUUUCUUGAAUGCCGCUCGGGUGAAACACUCACGAUCUCUGUGGACGAUGUUGUCAACUCAAAAGUAAUCAAUCCGAUGAUACGAAAACUACAACGCAUGUAUCUUAAUAAUUUGCGUGAGGAAAUGUCUCUGAUGGAAGAUCUGGAACGUUUGCCGCAUAAAGUAAACGAGGUAUACAAAGCGACCAUAUUCAAGCAGAAAGAGUGAGCUUACCGGUUACACAGCUUUUCAGGAACUAGUUUAACAAUAGUCUGCGUGAUGUAUACUCUCUACUCAUUUAUUCUUUGUAAAACCGUUACUGCGCCUCAUUUUUUUCGAUUAAAGGAUAUUAAAUUUUUGAAUUAAAUGUACUUGCGGUCCUUAAAUUAUCGUCUUAUAAGUUAAACUUAACAUUUGACAAAAAAAAAAUUAACCACUUCUAUACAGUUCUUUGCAGUUGUUCAGGAA